GAGCUGCUCUGGGGGGGGGGGGUGUCCCCCCCCUUCCCCCCUAAAUCCCCCCCCCCCCCCCCUCGCCCCUCAGGUGCCCUUCGGCGAGGCGUGGCACGUCCGCGAGUGGCUGCGGGUGCGGGGGGAGGUCCGCAAGCCCCCCCUGGAGCACCCCAAGCGGCCCGUGCUGGGGCUGCGCUGCCCGCGGGCCGAGGUGAGCGGCGCCCGUUUUUGGGGGCUCAUCCGGAGCCUGUGCCCGGACCCGCGGCGCUUCUUCCGCCACUGCUUCGUGCACAACCUGUGCCCCCUCCUCUUCCUCGCCGGCAGCGGCCGCAACGUUCCCCCCCCGGAGCUGGGGGGGCCGCAGCGGGAGCGGCUGCUGGGGGCGUGCGGGGCGGCGCUGGCGGGGGUCGUGCGGGCGCUGCGGGUGCGGCUCGUGGUGGCCCUGGGGCGAGUGGCCGAGCUGAGGGCGCGCCGGGCGCUCGCCGGGGCCGGGCUGGGGGUGCCGGUGCGGGGGAUCCCCCACCCCUCGCCGCGGAACCCCCGCGCCAACCAGGGCUGGGAGGGGGCGGCCCGGGAGCGGCUGCGGGAGUUGGGGGUGCUGCGGCUUUUGGGGGUGCGGGAGGAGGGG